CCAUUAUUUUAAUUGGUUGAACAAUUUGGUUUUUCAACGGUGGGUACACGUUUUUUUAAUCCCUUGCUGACUUUAAGACUCAGUUUGUUUCUGGACCUCGUUUUCCUUGGAAAAUUCCGGGGUUUGGUUUUCCUAUAAAAGGAAGAGUUUCGUUGGCACGACACACAUAAUCCACAAAAGCCUCUUGUUUCAUCUUUUCUGCUUUCUGGGUAUUCUGGUUUUUUUGUCUCCAAUUUUCAGCUUUCUGAUAUCUUGCAGAGAGUGGUGUUGGGUAGAAGAGAAAGAAAAGUGUGUCCUUUGCUGGAGAGAAAAAUGAUGAACGGUGGUGAUGUAGUGGAUAACAAGGCUGCUGUUGAAGGAGGUGUGAAGGACAUGUACGGUGAGGAUAGUGCCACGUUGAAUCAGCUUGCCACUCCUUGGACUAUCUCUGUUUCCAGUGGGUAUUCACUGUUGCGUGACCCGCGCCACAACAAGGGACUUGCAUUCACUGAGAAAGAGAGAGAUGCACACUACUUGCGUGGCCUUUUGCCCCCGGUUGUCCUGAGCCAGGAGCUUCAGGAGAAGAGAUUGAUGAACACCCUUCGUCAAUAUCAAGUUCCUUUGCAACGAUACAUGGCCAUGAUGGAUCUUCAGGAGAGGAAUGAACGACUCUUCUACAAGCUUCUUGUCGAUAACGUGGAGGAGCUUCUCCCAGUGGUGUACACUCCCACCGUUGGUGAAGCAUGCCAAAAAUAUGGAAGCAUUUUCAGGCGCCCUCAGGGUCUCUACAUUAGUUUGAAAGAGAAGGGAAAGAUUCUUGAAGUGUUGAAGAAUUGGCCAGAGAGAAGUAUUCAAGUCAUUGUUGUUACUGAUGGUGAGCGUAUUUUGGGGCUGGGUGACCUUGGCUGCCAGGGAAUGGGUAUACCAGUAGGAAAACUCUCUCUUUAUACAGCACUAGGAGGAGUCCGUCCCUCAGCAUGCUUGCCAAUUACUCUUGAUGUUGGCACUAACAAUCAGAAGUUGUUAGAUGAUGAGUUCUAUAUUGGACUUAGGCAAAGGAGGGCCACUGGACAGGAAUAUUCCGAAUUUCUUCAUGAGUUCAUGAGUGCGGUGAAGCAGAACUAUGGGGAGAAAGUACUAAUACAGUUUGAAGAUUUUGCAAACCACAAUGCAUUUGAUCUCUUGGCAAAAUACAGUACCACUCAUCUUGUUUUCAAUGAUGAUAUACAGGGUACAGCUUCUGUGGUGCUAGCUGGACUUAUUGCAUCCUUGAAAUUACUUGGUGGAACUCUAGCUGACCAUACAUUCUUAUUCCUGGGUGCUGGAGAGGCUGGAACUGGAAUAGCUGAGCUUAUAGCUCUUGAGAUAUCAAAGCAGACAAAUGCUUCAAUGGAAGAGUCCCGCAAGAAGAUUUGGCUUGUUGACUCCAAGGGAUUGAUUGUUAGCUCUCGCAAAGAGUCCCUCCAACACUUCAAGCAGCCUUGGGCCCAUGAGCAUGAACCUGUCAAGGAACUCGUAAAUGCAGUGAAAGCAAUCAAGCCAACUAUCCUGAUAGGAACAUCUGGAGUGGGAAAAACAUUCACAAAGGAGGUGGUCAAGGCCAUGGCAGUGUUGAAUGAGAAACCUCUUAUUAUGGCUCUAUCCAACCCUACCUCACAAGCUGAAUGUACAGCUGAAGAAGCAUAUACAUGGACUGAGGGUCGAGCAAUCUUUGCCAGUGGAAGUCCAUUUGAUCCUGUUGAAUAUAAUGGAAAACUUAAUGUGCCUGGCCAGGCCAACAAUGCCUAUAUAUUCCCAGGAUUUGGUUUGGGUGUGAUUAUCUCUGGUGCGAUACGUGUUCAUGAGGACAUGCUUUUGGCAGCCUCGGAAGCUUUGGCUGAACAAGUGACACAGGAAAACUACGACAAGGGAUUGAUUUACCCUCCAUUCGCCAACAUCAGAAAGAUCUCAGCCCAUAUUGCUGCCAAGGUUGCUGCUAAGGCAUAUGAACUUGGACUGGCCUCUCGUCUCCCACAACCCGAGGACCUCGUCAAAUGUGCCGAAAGCAGCAUGUACAGCCCAACCUACAGAACCUAUCGCUGAACACGGAUGAAGUCUUGCAUUUUGUAGCCUGCAAUUACCUAGUCUUGUUUUAUUUACAUUACGAUUAUUGUAUGUUUGUUCCAUCAUCAUAUUUACCGUUAAGAUAUCUAGUAAUUUAGGUUCUUAGCAUAGCCACUAGGUCAAGGUAUUAUUUUUCAUUCUUUUUCUUGAAUAAAUUUUCUAAGAACGAUGUUACAAUCCUAGUUGAAAUGAAUCACGGUAUUUUUGUCUACGAUGAGAUAUACGGUACAAUUGCACUUCAGGUAUUUUGAUCCCCUCUUCCUUUCUGCCUUCCCCUGUACUUGUUUUGAGUGUUAACUCAUUGCGAUCUGCAGAAGCUUAGCGUUCAUGAUUAGUAAGCAACUACAUCAGAAUGAAUGGAAUAAUACCAA